AUGGAGCAACAAGAAGAAAAGAUCAGAAAAGUCUACACAAGAAGAAGAACACAAUUGAAACCAACUUGGUCACUCCCUGUCGAUCUAACCACAGAGAUACUCUUAAGGCUGCCUGAGAAAGCUGCUGCAAGAUUUCGUUGCAUGUCCAAGCUUUGGUCAUCAAUCACCACCGGUCCAUACUUCAUCAAUUUGUUCGAAACUCGGUCCACACGGCCGAGUCUUGUACUAUGCUUCAUAAAAGAUGAUAAUUUGUGUGUUUACUCGAUUCCUCAACAUACUCACACUCUUGGUCAGGAAUCAAACAAGUCUUACUCUUCUUCUCAGCCUAUUGAUAGUUAUAGUAUGAAAUUCCCAGAAGAAUACAGUGACUUGUCCCCUACGGAAUCUGUCCAGGGCUUGAUCUGCCUUCAAGGAUCAGGAAAGCCGAUAGUUUGGAACCCAAGCAAGAGACGGUUGUUAACCUUACCCAAACCCAGAUUGAGAUGGGAGCGUAUAAAGGUCUUUUUAGGAUAUGAUCCAAUCGAAGGCAAACACAAAGUAAUGUGCCUUCCUUUGAGAAGAACUGGCGAUGUGUGCCUAGUUUUAACAUUGGGAUCAGCUCAAGAAUCAUGGAGAACGGUCAAAACUAACCACAUACAUCGGUCUAUCUUUGGUACUGACGGGCGAUGCAUUAACGGGGUAAUAUAUUAUACAGCCUAUAUGUAUCACACUCAUGCUUGGGUUAUAAUGACUUUUGAUGUCAGAUCUGAAACAUUCGGUAGGAUAGAGUUACCACCGGGUGCUUGUAGUUUAGAGUUACCACCGGGUGCUACUAGGGGUAAACUGAUGACUUAUGAGGGGAGGUUAGCUUAUGCUGAUCGGAUUUCUCCCACGAAGACUGAUAUGAUGAGAUUGUGGAUUUUGGAGAAACACAAGUGGUCGUCGAGUCAAGACUUGCUUUCACCUUUAGGUCACUUUGAUAAGAGUGCCCAUAUCUAUUUCUCACUAAAAGGUUUCACCCAAGCUGGUGAGUUUGUUUAUGUACCAAACGAGUUUCAUAGAUCUUUAUAUAUUUUAUGUUGGCAUCCGGUGAGGAACAGCUGUAGAAGAUUCAAAUUUGAAGGAAUCGCUGGCGACGACGAAUCUUGGCUCGAUAUUUUCGUUGGAGAGGAAACGUAUCAGCUCCAUGUUAUCCCGAAUCACAUUGAGAGUCAAGUUUCUUUGUAA